AUGCCAUUUUCUAACAUUCCAUCGUCUUGGAAUUCAACGUUCGGAUCUUUGCUUAUUGAGCUCUUCAGCACUGCAUCUCUUAAAAGCACACGAUGGAUAAUUGCUUUCAUUAAUACCUUGUCUUACUUUUCGACUCUUCGCCUUGUAAUUCCGGCUUAUACUCUGAUAGUUUAUUCCCUGGAUGACGCGAGGCCUUUCACCAAAUUUCAAAAGCUAAUCUACUAUGCUGUGUCCUUUCUUCUUCAGAUUCCUGCAGUAACGGUACGGAACGCCAUCCUGACGCUUCUCAUUGUCUUUCUUGCCAUCAUCUUUCCUGCCAUCGUUAUUCUAGUGAUCAUCAAGAAGAACCACGGCAUUGUGCAGCAUAAGUAUCGUCUUCUGGUUAUGUGGUCAAUCUGUUUUACGCAAAUUUGCCUUGCCCCCUACCUUCUUGAUCAGCUAUUCUUCUAUCAAGCCUUUACCUCCUUCUGGAAGGUCGUGUACUUGAAUAUGCAUAUUCUUACCCUCUUGAUUAUCCUCUGUCAGGAGGUUUUUCUCAAUAUUUUUGUUCUCCCAAUGCUUCAGCUGAAUACGGAGUUCUUACCCACGUAUCCCCUUGCAGAUAUAGCGUACGGGUUUACUUUUAUUCUUAUUCAUUUAUUGCGCUCUAUCGCUGAGCCGUAUCCACAGCUGUCGGCAUUCUUGCUUGCAUUUAUUAUGGGCUGUCAUUUGACACUAGCUGCAAGUUCGCCCACACUCAUUGGAAAUACUGGUCUGGAUCUGUACUUUGUGGGACUAAUUACUUUCAUUGGAUCUCUAGCUGCCAUUCCUACCCUAUUGUUUUGUUUUCCGUUCGCCAAUUAUGAGUUGGCUCUGGGAGUCUCUACUGGUUUAAUCUUUGUUGUUGUAGCUAUCUCCGUCAUUACCUUUUAUAUCCGGUUAAAUAUUAGACUCCUAAAGGUGUUUCAUGAAAUGAAGCUCAUCUCUCGGGUGACCCUCUAUUUACCCUACUUGUAUCACAAUAUUUUUCUCCGAAUCCGUGGGUUGCCAAAUACAACAGCUAACUUGGCUUCUGUUAAAAUUAUCCAAAGGCUUCUCGGAGUCCACGGCUUUACCUUUUCUCAUCACAGCCCUACCUACAACUACAAAUACACCGAGAAGAUCUUCACAAAGUUCCGUGACACUUUUCUAGAUACUAAUAUACUGUAUUCACGCGACCUUAUUGAAAGCAGACUCGAUCUUGCCGAGGGCAUGUCACUCCUGCAGGAACCUAGGACCGCUAGCGCACUCGUCACCUCUGCCAACCUAACUCCCAACAUCACUGCAAACAGAAGCUCUCCAUUGGCCUCAGACAUAACUGCUACAACGUUGGACGACGAAAGGUGGACCAUGUCUAGAGGACCAGGAUAUGGCGCUCUGGGAGAGAUGACAUACGAUCCUGACGCAAAUCUUAUAGAGAGUCCCUACCUGCACACAUUUACGUUCAACAAACGCUCUUCUAUAAGCCUUUCAUCCCAUGAUAAUACCGCUAACUCCGAGAGUGAGGCAGCGUCUUUUCACCAGAGAGUAGAGUUCACCACCAUUCCAGGUGAUUUUCUGAUGCACCAUGUACUCAAGAAUAUGUAUAUGUCUAAGGUGCCACGAAUCUUCUUGCCAAACUAUCUAUCUAUAAGCGAAUUAGAUGUGCAGGGUUAUCUUGACAGCGUUAGAAGCUUUGGCAUCUCCACCACAUAUCUUCCAACUGCUGCAGCGUAUAUACUGACGUGUCUCAGCAGUAUUAAAUCCACUUCUGAUCUAAUUGAAACCUUCUCUAGAAAGGGAAUGGCUCUUUCUAAAUUAACCAUUAGAGGGUCUGUUUAUCAAAACAUAAUCGAUAUGAUGGUAAUUAAUAAGUUGCAGCAGUACGUGAUGUCUCUGCUGCAGUUUUCCUGGCUCCGAGACUAUACGUCCAACUAUACUAAGAUCGUGCUAUGCACAUACAUGUUGAACACUAUUUCAUAUUCAGAGGAUACUAGUUGUUUAGGUACCACAAGUGGGGGUCCGGGUGAUUCAGUACUAGAUGAGGUGAGCUCGAUGCCUUUAGACACUGAUGAGGUUGAGAUCGAUGGAGGCGCAAAUGAGGGUAAAGGCCUUACAAACAACGUAUCGUCACAGGAUAUUAAUGGUAAUGUCAAUAUAGACGCUUUAAAAGGUGUGGCAGAAGACUUCAAAGGGCCCGAUUCUGUGCAUCAGUUCUUUCAAAACAGAGUUAUACAGAAGUUACGAGAGUUUAUUGAGGAUACUCUUUUCGUUAAUAACAUUACAGACGAAGCAAAUAUUAGGACUGAUUUGCAUCUUCCUGCCCUUCGGCGGACUGACCUGGAGUUUUCGGAUAACCACUUGUUCCUUCUGUACAGUUUUUCUACUGCUAUGUUUGCCUUAGUAUACUCCAACUCGAGCUAUUACCGCAAUUUUUUCAGUUAUCACAUGCCGGACAUUCUUCGUGAUACAGAGAUGCCUACGUCAGGGCACGACCAAGCAUGCGUAGAUCAGGAGAACCCAGUCGACAGUGAGCUUUUUAGCAAUGGGUCUACUACCAGUGAUAGUAAUGAAAGUUAUUUUGAACAAGCCAAGUCUCCGCCACCUGCGGCAUCGACCGUUCUUACCCAUUCUUUGCGAAAUCCUAAGUCGGUAAAGAAGAUGAUGCACAUCAUCUAUAUGCGAAUACUAAGAGGAUCUCUGGGCACAAUGUCAUCGGCGGCUCUCCCGUGGAUUAGAAUGUGCGCCUUCUACAAGCACUGCUAUGAAGGGCUGCUUACGAACAGAGAAAGCCUUCUCAAUUUUGGGCGUAGCUCGCUACACAGGUCAUCGUCUUCUAACCAUAUUACCGACGUUCUGCUUCUUCAACUUAACUAUCAGCUUGAAAGAAUCAUCUUUAGCAUGUUUCUUGUCCACGUCUUUUUGUUUGAGAUUUUCAAGCGCACCAUUUUCAUGAUAAAGAAUCGUCCCCACUUCUGUAAGCAGGGCUCUCACUAUAUCCAAUACCUAACUGCCUACCACCGUUUGCUGGACUGCUACCAACUUCUGAACACCGUGGAUAUUGCGCCCAGGACAAACUACUUUGCAUUGUUUAUUAACAAGUUAGUUAAACGGCGGCUGGAGAUGCAGUGCAGAGUUCAGCUGAUAAAGUUAUCUGAUGUCAUCACAAAAAAUGAGGUUUAUGGGGUGCUCAAGGCGAUUGAGGAACUGGAGACUAAAGCAUCUUGCCAGGUCCACCCAAAUGCAAAGAUCCCUGACCAACCGUCUCCCUUUGGAUCUGAACCUAGAUCCGGAUUUGCAGCUGAUAGGAGUGCCAGCACUGGUGCCGGGGCUGCCAGCAAAGACUUUCCUAACUCUAGAUCUAUUUCCAGAAGUGGAGGCUCUGGCAAAGAUGACACCGAUUUCCUGCCUCCAGAGUUGGACUAUUUUUCCAUGCACAAGGAGUUCCAGCGGAAAAGUAAGGAUGUGCAAAAUUGGUUUCAAGCAUACGAGGUUGUUCUGUCGCAGCUAACACAAAUUUACAUGGGCCCUGAGUUGUUCACAACCCCCGAGAAUCUGGCAUACUUGAUCGCACAACAGUUCAAACUAUUCUCUCUGCUCUACGAAGUGAGCCAGUUGUACUAUCAAUUUAUUCUCUUUCUUAUCAGCAACUUUGAGCUAGAAGGGGUAAAGGAAUUUCAAAUCUUUUGUAGAACCAAUUUCUACGAAUUUCUUGACUCAAUGAUGGAAGGCGGCGCAACCAGGCUUAGCGAGAGCCCCACGCAUGUGAAGGUAGCCACUCAGUGGAAGCCUGGAAGCGACGGAGAAGAAGAGGCGCCGUCUUGCGGAGAUGAUGAUCCUACGAGGCAAUACGGUUACGCCUUUCUAGAGGAAAAUCUGAGGCAACUAAAGAUGAAGGAUCACAUUGUGACAUCAACUAACUCCAUGUCGGACCCUUCUGCCUUCUCGAAACUGACCAAUGGCCUAUGCUUUAGAAAGGGUAUGAAAAUACUGUCUCGCGAAAGCCCCCGCUUAAAGGUCUUGUAUGCAGAGCUAAACUCUCUGCAUCACUUUAUUAGUCCCUCGCAAAACCACACCAUUUGCGGAAGAAUGCUGUUCAAGCAGGCCAGUGGAUUUUAUAAGCAAGCCAUUGAGCACUUGUUCAAGAUAAAAAUGUAUGCGUUCAUGAUCUCAUCACAUCUACGUCUUAGCAAGCAUAAAGCAAACCCAGUCAUUUCUUCCAUGUUUUCUACGAUUAGUCACAUGUACACCGACUUUGACUCGGUCAAGGUGAUGCGCUUUUUAAAGAUAGAACUCAAUGCUUAUCAAGCAGCACUCAAGCACUGUCUGAAGCUCUACCUCACUCUAUUCCAAGAAGAACUCGACAAUCCCACGAUACUAGUCUUGCUAGAGACGCUCAGAUAUGAAUUUCAUCUGGAGUCUCUUUCGUUCUAUCUUCCACUGGUUAAUUUCAAGGCAUCCAUGAACUCUAUCAAGCAUCGGGACUUUCACAAUAGAACAGCCUUGGAGAACAUCUAUACAUACUUGUUAAGCUUCUACUCUACUGACAACAUCUUUGAUAUCUAUGGUCCGAUAUCAAAAUACAAUUGCUCCCGUGUAACGCCAGAGUAUCUCUCUACUUUGGUGCACCGCAUCGACUACAAUAGUUACUUCUACAAUAUGCUGCCCUACUCUUGGCGUAAAAAGCAUCUGAUUCAGUACGAGCAAGCGUGUGCCCUACAGGUUUUAGGAGCAGGAUACUUUACCAGCGAACAGUUUGCCACAAGCACUGCCCCACCUAAUUCCAAGGCACAAAACAUACAUCUUAGCACCUUGUUACUAGACUACAUAAUGUCCGACCUUAAUCGCAGACCAUUUAUUGAGAAAAAGAACGCAACUCGAGACCUUAUAAUUAACUCGUUACACUUCAAGGAUAGAGCUCAGAGUGAUAUGAGCAAUAGCGUCACGGCCCAGAAUGGGACUCCGUUAACUCCAUCCUUCACAACAGUGGCCGAAGCCUUUCGGAACACCAAUGCACGUCACAUCAUGCACUUGAUCAAGCGCAAUGGUCCUGAUCUUGAUCACUAUGUCGGUGUACUUAGGAAUUCGGCAGAAUCCCUCACCUCUGCGUGCCAUCUUUGUCGAGAGUCUCUUCUUGGCCGAUGCUCUAUUCACAAAAGAAUCGCAGUCCUCAUGCUAAAGGGAAAUGGAACCUAUGCACAGCUUUUUGACAUACUCAAAGGUAAGGACCAUCACAGGUACCCUCUGACUAUUCACGACUUUCUCUUCAGCGAUAGUGCAACGGCAAGCCUGAACGUCUAUGUUAAUAUGCCCAGAGCAGAGCCUAAAAGGCCUAAUAAGAGGCCUGGAAGCUCAUUGGACGCUCUAAGGAACACAGCAAAUCUCGAGCUGACCAGUGAGAACUACGGUAUAAGGCCCAACAGACAUGUCCCGCUUUCUAAGUCUACCGAACAACUUGCUUGUGAACGUGCUGAAGUCGCAACACGUCUUUUUGAUGACAGUCUAUUUCAGGUUAUAUCCAUCUCAAGCAAAACCAACAGGAUUCAGCGGUCUCAGUUACGGUUCAUAAGAAUCUGCUCUGAUUUGGCUAAAACGGCAACCAAGCUUUUGACAACCGUCAAGACAAAGCACGAGUUCAACUUUUACUUUGAGAAGAUCGUAGCUACGUUUUCAGGCUUUCGCAAUAGCAAAUGUGUAUCGCAGAUUGUGUGCAAGCUGGUACUGCUUAGCUCAAACACUGGAACUAUCGGAAUGAGCGUCAAAACAGCGCUGUGCACCAUAUAUCAGGCAAUCAACGACGUCUCAUCAAGGAUCUACCCCUGCUACUUCCCCAUCCGCUUUAUCAGAGGACCACCUGCUCUCACACCCCAGCUGCUUCCCAGUGCCCCGGGGGAUGUGGAAGAUGAUGCACUUGCAGAGACACACACAGGUAAAACACGCAAUAAUGACGUGAAGCCUAUUGGGGUCUUUAAGGGGAUUGACCGCGAGGUAGAGUUCAAUCUGAUUCAGCGAAUGCGGCAAGAGUACGCAGAGCUAGGCCAUUUUAUUGCCGUCUUUGCACUGGUGGUGAUCCUGCUUAUCCUCUUUUUCUUUACGUGGUACCUGGCACUUGUUAAACAACUCAGUAGAUAUGUGCCAAUUCUUAACCUUAUGGGGCAGCUAAUGGCCCUGUCCUACUAUCGUGGUCUAUACUCCUCUGUCUCUGCUCUCCCCAAUUACGUUCUCCCUGUCUCAGCGGACGACCCUGUCAUGGAGGCAUUGUUUUCAGUUCUGAAACAUGACACUAAACAGAACGCACAGUUCGAUAACAUCUGGUUCCAACCUGAGAAUAACUCUGUCUCUUACGCGUUUAAGAAGUUAGACACACGGUUCUAUAACCGAGAUUAUCUACUCAGUAUCAUUGGAGAUCAGUACCAGAAAUAUAUAGCCAAGUUGAUGAUGACGCUCUUGAAUACGACAGCGGCAACGCCUUCUUCGCCUAGUCCAUUUACUGAGUUUUCCACAGGUGCUGGGCAACCUAACUUGAUUCUGGACGGGCUCACACACUCUAGUUUGGUCACCAUCAAAAAUGCAUAUGUUAAGCUGCUUCUCUUCAUGAAGCUUUAUCUCUCGCAUAUUCUUUCCACCCUAACAAUAGUAUUUGCGGUGUUGUUUCAGCUGUACAUUCCAGUCUCCCACGAAUUGGAGCACAUCAUUGACCUUUCGCUUGCCGCAUGCCCAGCCUACAACGUGUCCCCAGAGUUUGCUAACGUAUACAGCGGUGUACGUGACAUGAAUCUCACCCCGAAAGCCUAUAUUUCAGACCCUAUACUCCUAUUAUCAUGCCCGUCCCUUCGAUACGAUCCAGAAGGUAGGUACUUGACGUUUGCUGCACACCCAUUUAGUGAAAUAGCUUAUAGCAUGCAGCCACGUACGUUGGAAAAUACGUUUUUGAUCAAUAUAGUUGAUUACUCUCUAUUGGAGUCAUAUGUAGAUACAACGCAAGAAGAUAUGGAAAAAAGACUAGAUAGCAGGCAGUACUUCCGUCAAUUUUUCCAUUUAGAUAUGCCAGUUUUUGUGUCUUGGUCACCCAUUUCAGAUAUUUUAAUAAAUUUUGGUAGCGGCAUCAUCUAUGCCCUCAGCGGACUCUACAAGAAACUGAACAUCACCUACUAUCAGGACACAGAACAGAAUACCUACUCCCUCCUUAAUACAAUCACUGACUCAGAUGGAAAAAGCAUUUUUGCCAAAUUUGUCAAUGAGCUUAAUUGUUAUCAAACAGAAAUGCACUUUCAAUCUGUCUCUGAUAAGGGCCUCUACAAGGACACCCUGGAGCAAGCACAGCAAUCCUUCCUCUUAAACAAGCUGCAAUAUAUGUACUAUAGUAGUUUGCUUGACCAAGACACCGUGCCAUCGUCGAUCACUAAUAAGCUAACUUAUGAACAGAAGAUAGGGGAUAUCUUGCUGUCAUUCUUCCCAGGUAUCAACACCUUUACAUUUUACCAAACGCCCUUGACAAGCAGAGAUGUUGACGACUACCUCACACUCUCCUUGCAUAGCAUGGAAGAGCAGGUAAUCGGCUUUAACCCGUCAUUAGUAGUUAUUCCUCUUUUAGCACAGAUUGUGUGCGUAUUAUUUGCGUGUGUGUACACAACAAGAUUGCUUUACUGGCUUUUUAGGAAAAAUAACAGCCUUCGAUGCAUCUUAUCUAAUUAUUUAAUGGAUGUGAUUGACAAUUACGGUAUAGGCGGGCUCUAUGACCUGGACACUAACCCAGUAUACAAGAAGAACAACGUCCUGGCCAACCACGCAACCAUGCUCUUCACUAUGAAGCAGCUUCUAAAUGGAACUAACAUCAGCCACUCCUCUUCCAAUGUUAGUAACGAUUAUGCAAGAAUGCAAAUACAAUCCGAGCUGAUCCCGCCCGCAACCAGCGCGGCCACACAACUUUCUAAUCUCUCACCAUGUUGUUCUCAAACUAGUCAGAGCAUUUUGUCUGUCGAAAGUGAGCCGCUUUCUCAGCGAGUUAACCUCAAUAUUGAUGAUGCUAUGACAGAUACCGUCAGCUUCAAGUUAGGGGCGUUUUCAGAAGACAUCUCGGCUUGUCUACAAAACGAAUGGCGUGAUUUCAACGAGCAGACCCAGGAUGUAGCAAACUGCUCUAGGUGUAAAACUGUCGUUUGGAAGCAGCAGUGGGGCUGGCGCUUUCUGAUUGGAAUUCUGUUCUUCAUUUUCUGGAUCUCGCUAGCUUUUCUGGAUGACAUGCGCUACAUCAACCAACGUGCAUACUAUAACGAUAAGUUGAGGCAGAACUCAUAUUCAUAUGACCUAGCAAAUGUCUACGCUUUAUUGCUACAAAGAUCAUCCAAAGCUAUGAGUUAUUCCUUCUUUGGUACCCCCACUACAGUUUCAGAUUGGGCAGAACUUAACACUGGGAUACAGUUUCAAAUAGAAGCGAUGAUGACCCUGUAUCCAGAGUCCUCUAGCAUUAUCUUGAAACUUGCAGAGUAUAACAUGGAGCUUUUGAAUAGCGAAUUGCGUUCCAUGGGGUAUACAUUAGCUUUUAUGUGCCCAGAUGGUGGCUUUUAUAACGAUCUUAUCCAGCGAGCAACAACGGAGCAUUACUUUGAUCAGGCUUUUGGUGAGUUGUUCACUCUAUACGGAAAGGACUACAUCGCAGAGUCCCUAGCGAUAAAGUUCACAAAUAAGCCCCCGGAAGAUCAAUGGCAUAAGACAUUGGUGUCUGAUGCCAUUACUGAUUAUUUUGGAAAUAACAACAUGUCAUCUUACUUGUCCUUCAAUCCCGAAUUUAGUUCAUGCGCAGCUGUCUUCGACUCACUGCAGCCGCCCAAUAGUUAUGCGUACAAAGUGAUUGCAGAGGCCAUACAAAUGAGAAUCGCCAUGGCUAAUAUUUUUUGUCAAAAAACAGUUCAAUCCAAUACGGCGCUAGGGUUCAUAUACACAGAUUGUCCAAAAAAAUUUGACAAAAUUAAUAAGCAAACCAUAUUUCAAUACAUGUCUGCGCUAGAGUAUCUCACCCCGAUCUUUGAUCAUUACGCUGCAAUAAACAAACUAACCUAUGAAAAGGCGUCUCAAGUAACAAUCAUCAAGGCUGAUAGGCUGUUGACGGUGACGGUUCUGUGUGUGAUGCUGUCCUCGAUGAUAUGUUGUGACAUUUUUCUUACAUUAUUGCUCCUAAGACGUGUUUUUCACAGCUUCACACUUCCCCAGUACAUCUUUGGAUCGAUUAGCGUGCUCCGUUGGAUCUUGGAGUUUGUUGUCCUUGCCUUCCUUAUCAUAGAUAUCCGAUCGUUGAAGAAUCUCACGUACACACGGGCUGAACCCGAUAUAGUCAUGUUUAUGGAUACAAUGCAGUUAUAUCAAAACUUGUUGGGCGACAUCAAUACUUUGACGCUCCUCAACCUGACAAUGUCGAACAGAUCACAAACUAGAACUAGAUUUGUUGAGUUUCAUUCCGUCCUCCUCAACUUGAAUCUGAGCAUGCCCUUAUUUGCUACUGAAGACAUCAAAAUAAUGCCACACACCGGCGUCUACACAAAUAUCAUAGCAGAUGAGGGUGUUCAAGCUCUUCUGCACACUAUCGCUUCCUCUGCUCAAGGCAAUCCCACCCAUGUCGAGAAGCUUCUUGAACUGGUUCAUUACAAUAGCUCACACAGUCUAACUCUUUGUAGCAUGAUUUAUGAAUACUACUAUCACGUUAUAAACAGCUUGCUCAGAUCCUCAGUUGCUUCAAGUAUGCUUCCAUCUACCGAAAGCUCGUUGCUGUAUCUACCGGAAGCGGAUUUACGACUCAAUGAAAUGGCGCUGGGGCUUCACGUGCACAGGCUCGAUGACGUGAAAUUAGCUCUUGUCUACACAUAUAGUAGUCUAUCCAACACUUUCGAUAUUUAUUCAGCCAUGAUCAAAGGCGCUGUAAUGAACGUUGCUGAUAGGAUUAGCGUCAACAAGGAGCACGAGGAACUAUACUUUAUACGCACACAUGGCAAGAAGGUAAUAGUCACUAAUGCGUCCCUUGCUAGUCUAGCCCAAAUGGUAGAGAAAAAGAUGCGCUUGACGCCUCCAUAUGUGCGGAUAAUAGCGUAUACCAUGGCUAUCAUUGUGCUCUUGCUCAUUGCUUUCUUUAUGCAAUCUGGAUCGCUUAUUUAUUACGAUACUCUGGGGACACCAGACCUCAUCAUUGAAGGCAAGCGAUACCUCAAGCCCGCCUUUAUUGUAAUUCUAUCUAAAAGUAAUAAUGUGUACAGAGUAGUAAGCAUCACGGAAAUUCCAGAUGCUGACCUCUACCAGUAUAUUAAGCUAACCACGGAAAUGAGAGAAUUGGUACGGAGCGAGAUCCAGCAGCGAAUAUCCUAUAAUCCUGAAAAGCUCAUCACAGAACGGCCGGAUUUUACUGCUGUUCUGGUAUACCCCGACGCAGGCGACAUGGAAAUUGCGGUGGACUACUGCCGCACUGGACCUGAACUGUCUCUGCACACAAACUCAAAGAAGAUCCUGCAAAAAUAUCUAUACAAGCAUUGUAAUGAGAUAAAGAUAUACCCUGCAUUUGUACGCAUGCUAUUUCCAAAGCAUCUUUGCGCGAGCUGCCUAGAUGGUCUCAUAUCCGAGGUGGUAUACCUCAAUGACAAGGGCACGUCCUGCUCCUAUCACGCAAUAAAGCAUUUGCAGUGUAGCAAAGCAUAUCUAAAGCAUCUUCCUAACGCGGUACAGUUUCUUCCAACGGGCUUCCUGCAUGCAAAUACAAAGCACAUGUAUAAGUGCAAGCAUGCCAUACCAUUGUAUAGAUGCCACGAGUGUGUGGAAACUGUGGAAAAUGUAGAGAACUUGAAGAGUGAGCAGCAACAGGGUUGGUUUGAGACACCCGGUGGAAAUCAGAUAGCACCAAACAGAGAAACUGAAGAAAAAGAUCCAGUGGACAUGAGAGCCGUUUUUGAAAUAAAUAAAGCACGCUCGCAAUCACCUUUUAGGUGCCAUUUGCAAGCACAAAAACUAAAGAAUGUCUCACAGAACUUCGUGGCCUCGUUGAAAAAACUUUGCAAUAUCUUCAGCACCAAGCCUCUGAUAUUCCAGUACAGUACGUCGACUCUCAUAGUAUAUGCGUCGAUAUUUUCGCUCGUAAUCUUUACGAUAGUUUUUAUAAUGGCCUACUCUAUUAUCCGUCUUUCUGCCGCCGAGAUUGAUCUUCAACUUUAUUCCAUGAUGGCACAGUUUCUCUACUAUUUCCGGAGAGCCAUAGGAAGCUCUUUCAAACAUAUAGUUGUACUCUCUCAGGGACAGUACGGAGAGCUAACAAAAGACAUGCUCGUACACGAUAUCAAUGCCCUCUCCAUGCUGAUCAAUGUGGUGUCCAAGAAAGUAGAACAAACAGAGACUAAAGAAAGGAUCUAUGGCAGCAUCAUGGAGUCCGGACCAACCUUUACUCAGUUCAUAGACUGCACCUAUAAGAUUGGCAACCACGUCAAAGCGUCCACUUCAUUCUAUCAUGAUUAUAUAACGUGGUUAUCCUCGCUGGGAGGUGCACUAGGGAAGCUACAAAACUUCCUUCUUCUGUUAACGGAUUAUAAUAGUGGAUUUUCUCAGCAGGUGACUGUGAUUUCGCUUUGGAUUGUCGUCGCUGAAGUUAUCAUUCUACUGACCUUGCGCCAGAUCCUUAUGUGGCAAUUAAACAAGGAGGUGGUCAAGGUGGGUUACAUCGCAAAGCUCAUAUAUAAAUAG